AUGUCGCGCAACCCGACGGCGACGUUGCUGUUGGCGGCACCGCUCACCAAUUCCAUGUUCUCGUCUGAGUGGCGCUAUGAGGAAUCGGAAUCUUGUGUACAAAGCACGUCAUCUUUGAUGGAAACGGUUGAUGUCUGCACGAAGCUUCUGAAUUCACGAUUGGGAGAUGAUGUGAAAAAAGUGGUCGUGAUGUCCCUGCCCUUCGAACAGAAAGAGAAGGAUAACCUUACUGUCGAAACUAAGGUCCCCCGCUGGAGGCCGUCACGGGUGCCCGGCAGCAUCCAGAGCUAUGUUUUGGCGAUUGAAAAGGAGGAUGUGCUUUUGCGACUGAAAUUGUGGAACGACCGUACGUUUGAUGUGCCAAACAUAGCACCACUAUCUGGUCUGCUGACGCAUCUGAAGGGGCUUGCUGCACCCCCGGAGGCCGUUCUGCUCUUUAUCGAUAUGCCAUCUAUGAUAGUGGCGGGCACUGGCCACCACCUCUGUGAAAUUGCCGGCGCCUGCAAAGCCUUGCGCAUAAUCAUAUGGAGCAGCGAUGUUCGCAAAGACCAUGCCACCAUCCAAACCCUGAUGGGAGACGUGUUUUCUCGUCUUGACGAGCAGACGGAUGUGUCUCUUUUGUUCAGUUCCAUGUACGCGAAUCGUCAGAAUUUGGCGGAUUCCAUUGAGAACAGCUUAUCGCUUUGUGAGAAAAAGGCAACCCAGCUGAUUUGUGGCAACAUUCAGUCUUUCAUUCGGUUGCGGAAUACGCCCGGCACUACGCCAGCCAUUUUUCAUUCGAUUGAAGUGGUCGGCUCUAAUGAGGUACGACCGGAAGACCUGAUGUGCGGAAAAUUGGCGCUGACUGGGGAAAAUUACGUGGUCUCAGCGAUGGGGUCCAACUUUGAGGACAGUUACGCCCUUCUCAAUCUCAUCUCUCAAUCGAUCGAGAGUAGUCGUACGAAUACCAACACUGUACUACUCUGCAAAGUCGCGCGAAUCUUCGACUCGAAGAAGGAAAAGGAUAGCGAGAAUAACAACGUCAGCGCGACUGGGCCGAGAAGAAGGGCAGCCAAUUUCUAUGAUCAACCGGAAGAGGGGUGCGAAUCGUUGGAUGACUAUGAGAUGGCUAUAAUCUAUUCAAUGCCCUCAUCUCGAAAAGCAAAAAAAGUGGUCGCCCUAUCGAUGAUCCAACCUGGCCAUCAUUCGCUAAACGAUGGAUGUUUGUUUAAGGAAUUGAAAUUUGCGCCAUCGCUGACCCCGAAAGCUACAUUAAUUAACGAAGGACUCAUCUCGGAUAUGAAGAAGCGUGUUAAGCGCUGCCUGAACGCUGAUAGUGAAACGGGGCAGAAGGAGCUUCUAGAGCUGUUGCGAUUCUAUUCGACGUACUUUCAAGCGACCGGCUACGAUCCGGCAAAGGUACUGAGAAGUGUGCUGCUCGUCGAGAUCGAUGAUUUCAAGAAAUCGACGUGCACACAAAAGUCCGGCUACCUUCGUAUCUGGGCUAUUUUUACCGGAAACGCGGAUUCGUGGGUCGUCCUGUCG